GAACUAUACUUUUUAUUCCCCGAAAGUCAUUUUAAGUCUGCUUCCCUCACAACUAAAAUUAUAUUUUAUUGUUUGGGGUUUUUGGAAAGUUAGUAACUUUUUAUGGGUGCUAACGAAAAAUUACAUUUUGAAAAGAAAAAUAUUAUUGCGGGAUUGUUUUCAUGAAAGAGGUUAGUGGACUGGUUAGAAACUCAACCCGCUUUCUCAACAUAAGUUUGUUGUUAAAUCAUAUUACUACUUUCUAAGUUGUAUCAUCAGUAACCCUAAUUUUGUCAUUUAUUUUCAAGUUUUGACAAUCCUCUUUUAGCUAAAUUGUUAGUAUAUAGUUGACUUGAAUCAAAAACUCUUCAUUUUUUUUAUUAGUAACAUUGUUCUUAAAAGGAGAGCAUUGGACCCUUUAUGUAAGACUGUGAUGUUUCAGAUUCAGUUUCAAACUAUCUAUGGGUCGUGUGGGAAAUUCCAGUGAGCUUUUAUAGUCUAUAUUUCUUGACAAUCAACUAACCAAUAACAUUUUAACGAGGGCUUAAUUAUCACUAUGAAAAUGGGAUGAAUGAUAUAUUUUUAUAUUUUAUAUUCUUAAAUGAUGAUGGUAGUUCUCCGAAUGUUCGACCUAUUUAAUCUUUCUUUAUGUAGCAGAUUGUCAAUAAAAUUAAUCGGGUUGAUAGACUUAAUUGUAACAUAAAAUAUGAAUAAUCAAAGAACUAUCCGGCCAACAGGCCGGGUAAUAAGCUAGUGUUAAGUAUGUAUGGGUGUUACAUUGUGUAAGUCUCAUAUAUGUUGAAUAAUUCAAUCAAAAAAUUCACUUAAAAAGAAGUUGGGAGACAUUCUUUUCAAGGCUCCUUGCCUAAAAAGAACUCCAAAAAGCUCUUACUUUUUUUAGUCAUACAUAUCCAAAAAGCUCUUACUUUCUCUUUUGCCAUUGAAAAUCUCUUUGAUAAAAAUUGUUAUUAUUAUUUAAAAUAUUUGAAUUCAACACAAAAAAAGUCCCUCCUACAAUCUCUCUUAAGCCUUGAUUUUGUGAACUAACUGUAUUACAAUGGAGAACCUCCAUGGGAGGACGUUUGAAAUUAAAUCAUUUAAUGUGGUUUAAACGAUAGUAAUAAGAACCCGUAUCUAUCAGAGGCUAUAGUAAAUUAAUAGUGAACAAAGUCAACCCUCAACUAACUCAUAGUUGAGAUAGCCUAACUUGAUCAUGAACUCUAGCAAUUAGCGUUGCAUGUUGGAGAAUUAGAAAAGUCAAAUGCUAAUAUCCAACCGUUUUUGCAUAUUUCACAAAAGUUUAUCACAUAUCAUCUUAUCAUCAUUAACAUAUUUUUCGGCAGCGAAUUUUCCUCAUCAACGCCUGCUUAUUUCUCGCAUAAUUUAUCGUAGAUUGAAUGUUUACAAUUUUCACCACAACAACCUUCUUCUUCAUGCAUUGCGGUUGAUCCAUGCGUAUAAAUUCAGAACUCAAACCCUCACACAUCAUCAUCAUCAUCACCAUCACCUCACACAUCAAAGCAAACAAGAAGAUCGAAAAAGGAAAGGACGCGAUGGGGCAAAAGGGCGGUGUUAUUGCAGUCUCGCUCCUACUCUUGUCAACACUACUAACCCAGGUGUUGGCCGAGGUAGAGGUGAACAGUUUUUUCCCAAAAUCCACAGUGGUGAUAUCGAACCAAAUCGAAGGAGGGGCGAAGUUGUUGGUUCACUGCAAGUCCGCGGAUGACGAUCUGGGUGUGCGCUGGUUGAAACCAGGCCAGAGUUUCGACUGGUCCUUCUACCCACACUUCUUUAAAUAUACUCUAUACUUUUGUGCCUUCCGCUGGGAAGUCGGAGCCCAUCUUGUUUGGUUCGACAUCUACAAACAGCAGAGGGACGAAGAGGUGUGCAAGCUGUGUCAUUGGGCCAUCAGGAGAGAUGGACCGUGCCUAACCGUGCCGGGUUCCGAAAUGUGUUAUCACUAUAGGGACAAACGAUAGGGACCAUCUUUAGGACCACAACGAGCUCUUUUAGGCACACUUUAUGGGAGUGGUGGAGUUCAUUUUAGGAAUUCAACUAACUAGUUAGUUGAAUUUUUUGUUGUUUUUAUCAUUUGGUUUUAUACCGGCCAUGUGUGAAUAAUUCAUUAAGUUGCAUUGCAUUGCAUCUAGUAUAGAAUAGGAUGUUGUUUGCUUGAUCUACAACUGGGACUCUUGUUUUGAUGUUUUUAUUGGAAACCCGUUCUGAGGUGGAAUAAAAAUGCAAAGUUAUU